AUGCUUUCAGCCGUCUUGUUCCUAUUGCUUUCUGUGCAUGCUUUGGCGGACACAUGUCCACAAGGAUCAAUCGAUUAUGGCGAUCGACAGGAGUGCAUUUAUCCAGUUAAUUCAAACGGAAAUUACACAAUUGCCCGUCAAAUUUGCCAAAAUCUCAAUGGUCAACUCAUCAAAAUCCGUGACAUUUUUGAGAAUGUCAUGACGGGAACUGAAGCCGAAAUGGCAAUUGGCACCAAUAGUCAAUCGUUUAUCGGAGUGAUCAACACGCCCAACAACGUUUGGAUUUACGAUGACGGAACUCCGCUACAAUAUCAGAAUUGGGCUCCAGGACAUCCACUCUCGAAUGCAACGUGUGCCGUGCAAAGUUGUGCGAAGAACUAUCAAUGGACAUCGGUUGGAUGUGAUGAGAGUUAUACAUUUAUCUGUUCGAUUCCUGAGACGACAACUUCAACCACAACAACGACAAAGACGACGACUACAACGACAACGACAACGACAACAACAACAACAACAACAACUACGAUGACAACAACCACAACAACUACGACCACGACAACUACAACGACUACCACAAUGAACCCUUGUUCAUCGGCAGACGGUUGGGUGGCACGUGCUGGCUUUUGUUACUAUUUUCAUAAUGCUCAACUUCAACUCAAAAAGCAGUCAUUUAACCAAAGCGAAGCACAAAAAGCGUGUCGAUCGAGAGGUGCUAUGCUCGCUUCCGUUCACAGCGAUGAGGAAUUCAACUUUUUGAAAGGCAACAUUGCCACAAACUCCAAGAAUCAACCGGAUCUUUAUUGCCAACGUGAUCAAGCAUUGAUCGGAUUGACAUGUGUUUGGCCUGAUGAACCGGCUUGGUUCGAUAAAACGCCUUUCGAUUAUGAUUUAACGAGAGGACAAUGCAAUCUUGGAUAUGCGAUAAUCAACGAUGAUCGUUGUGGUAGUGAUGUCGAUUAUUGGGAUGAUUGGGCUGACGGAACUCUUUUCACUCGAUAUAUUUGCAAGAAAAGAAUCAAAUCAAUCAAAAUGCGUUUCCUGUUGUGCGUGUCGCUUUUUGCAGUCAUCACUUUUGCAAAGAGAAUGAAAAGAGAGGAUAUUUGUUCGCUUCCACCAGUGGUUGGAUCAUGCAGAGCCCUCUUUUCUCGUUACUAUUACAAUCCAACAAGCGGUCAAUGUGAAACAUUCUCUUAUGGAGGAUGUGAUGGAAAUGGGAACAAUUUCAAGAGGCCGACCGAAUGUGAAGAUGCCUGUGUUAAGAAAACCGCUGCUGAUUGUGCAUUGCCACGAGAAGUCGGAUCAUGCAGAGCUCUCCUAUCUCGUUUCUUUUACAAUUCCGAGACAAAGAAGAUCAUUGGCUCAUCCUGC